AUCACUCAUUCCAAUAUAUUUAACAAUUUCAUUAUUACAUGGUUAUCUUAGUUGUUAGUAGGUUUGAUACUAACAAAUUUAUCAGUACAACAUUUUAUGAAAUAAAAAUAAGCCGAUGGCAUUAUGGACCUGAAAUGAUAACAAACCGUAAAAAUGCUGGUCUAGCCGUAGUGAAAGAUAAUUUAGUGUUUGCUGUGGGUGGUUCUACUGAUAUGUUUCAUCAACUUCGGUCUGUUGAUGUGCUUGAUUUAUCUGCAGAGUCACCUUGUUGGAGAUCAAGUGUUGAGAUGUUUGUUAAACGAAACAAUGUAGGAGUUGGUGUAAUCAAUAAUUAUCUAUAUGCCGAUAGAUUAGGUUGGACACUACGCUCACUUCCUCUGGAACGACUUCUAAUGUUGGUGGCGUUGUAUUUGCAACCUCCGCUGUUGACUCUGGUAUUGAAGUUUGUGUCCAUUUGUCUUCCAUUAUGACAGGGCACACACAAGGUCGUGCCUGUGGUGUUUUCGCUGUUUCCUGUCUAAUGAACCAAAUUAUUAUAAUGUUUAUUGUUAUAAUAAUUGCCAUUGAGGCCCCUCCAGUGACGACAUAUAUAUAUAUAUAUUUGUCUCUAGUUGCUCGUACCGGUCCUCUUGCUGACGUUGGGUUCGUAAUUUGUUCUUUGGUAUCUGUUAUUACGUUCAUGUCGUGCAUUUGGUUCGUUUUGACGUGAUGUGCCUCCAU